AUGUCUACCAUGACGACAACGAAGAUAAUUCUGAUUGCCUUACCUUCUGCUUUUGUUUUAACAGUCUUUAUAGUAUUUGUAGGUUUUGUAUUAUGGAACUUGCAUUUGUUUAUUGUUCCUAUUCCGAAAAUGUCAUUUGACUGCGCUUCAAUGAAGUACGAGAAUAACUUAGAAGACUAUAUACUUAAUAGGACAGUAGUACAAGAAAGAAACAUCAGUGAACUAACUGGAAGAGGGUGCUGGUCAAUCAGGAAGCAAUGGUACUUUCCAACUGAAGUUCCUGACAGUAUGGAAGUUCAUCAUCCACUAUACUUGAUUCGAUUAGUUUCAAAAGACUAUGAAUUUGUAGAGGAAGUUCUAUCAAUGUUGUACUCUCCAAUACAUUUUUUUUGUUUUCCGAUCAGUUCCAACUCAACAGAACGCUUUCAGAUCAAGAUGAGGUUUCUAUCGAAAUGCAUAAUAAAUGUGAUUGUACCGGAUGAUACAUUCGAUAUAUCUGAUCCACACAAGGAAUUUGAAGCUUAUGAAGCUUGCUUAGAUAAGAUGAACAACUUUCCUUGGAGGCAUUUGAUCAUUAUGCAGGAAAAUGAGAUACCAUUGCAAUCUGUUCACUUUAUUGCCGAUUACGCUAGACGUCUUGGUGAAGCUGCCAAAAUAGGAAAAAAUGGAGUUAGUGAAGAACAAAUUCGAAUUUUGCAACAAGAACAGGAUACAACGCACAAAUUAGAAACGACGAGUGUUAAUGUUAAACACGAACUAGAUUAUGUAAAGAAAGCUACAUGCUCAUAUAUGGGUGGUAGACGAGAACCAAUCAUUCUAUCAACUGAAUUUCACAAAAUAUUUUUUGAUAUAGUUAAGAAUUAUAUGACAAAACAACAACUUUCUAAAUGUCAGGGUAUACAUUCGAAUGCUACUUAUCCUGUAUGUAUUAGUGAGAAGUUUGAUCGACAAGGAAACUGUGUCUUAGGCAUGGAAAGUUAUCAAUUCGCACAAAGUUCGCGAAAUCUUUUUAUUCGAAGCGAUCCUCAGUUUGAUCUAGGCUUUGUGCAGUGCGUCCAUAAGCUAGUCUUCGACCGUACGUACAAUACGUCAUUUUAUAAAAUUCGAUAUGGUUCACAUUGA